GUAAUAACGUCGCGGUGACACGCGGUGCGUUUGGACGAAAGAAAAAAUUGUCCUUUGUGUCGAUACGUUGAAUUUAUAUCAUGAUAAGAUCCAAGAGUUCGUCAAGUGGCAACGUAUACUUUGCGUGAACGCACAACGAGGUGAUCAUGGAUCAGUUGAUUAUCUUGGUGUCGGUGGUUCAUCUGCUAUACUGCCCAUUUACGAAAGUCGAGGAGAGUUUCAAUCUGCAGGCGAUGCACGAUGUUCUUUAUCAUGGCUUCAAUUUAACGGAGUAUGAUCACCAUGAAUUUCCUGGAGUUGUGCCACGUUCCUUUUUGGGACCUAUUAUCAUAUCUGGUCUUGCUUCACCAUUGGUGGCAUGUAUUAAUUACUUAAAAUUCAAUAAAUUUUUUGCUCAGUAUAUAGUUAGAGCAACAUUGGGACUGUUGGUAAUAUUUACGUUCAAGUUAUAUAGACAAACUUUACAAAAAAUCUUUGGGGUGCAGUUUACAAAAUGGUUCGUGGCCAUAACUGUGACACAGUAUCAUUUUAUGUACUAUCUUAGUCGUCCACUGCCAAACACAAUGGUUAUGCCUUUAGUACUACUGGCCUUAUUUGGAUGGUUGAGGAAAAGUCAUGUGUUGUUUAUUUGGUCAUCGGCUGCAGCGAUAAUAAUAUUCAGAGCAGAACUUGCCAUACUUUUGGGAUUGUUCCUUUUACACAAUAUAGCGAGCCAGACACUUUCUGUACAAAGACUACUUAAAAUUGCGGUUCCAGCUGGUGUAUUGUUCUUAGCACUUACUAUUGCUACAGAUUCAAUAUUCUGGAGACGCUUAGUAUGGCCAGAAGGCGAAGUGUUUUAUUUCAACACUAUUCUUAAUAAAAGCAGUGAAUGGGGUACAUCACCAUUUUUAUGGUACUUCUAUUCAGCCCUGCCAAGAGGUCUAGCAUUUUCAUAUUUUCUAAUUCCUCUUGGGAUGUUCUUGGAUAUUAGAGUUCGCGUACUUACUGUUCCAGCUAUUCUAUUCGUUAUAUUAUUUUCGUUUUUACCACAUAAGGAAUUAAGAUUUAUAAUAUAUGUAUUCCCAUUGUUGAAUGUUGCCGCAGCUGCUGCUUGCCACAGAAUAUGGGAAAAUAGAGCAAAAACGACGUGGAAUAGUUUUCUAGCGAUAGCAGUCUUGGGUCAUCUUGUAUUAAAUGCUAUAUUCUCCAUGUUUCUACUGUGUGUGGCCAGUUUCAAUUACUCUGGAGGUGUGGCAAUUGCUAGAUUACACAGACUUGAGAGAGGCUCUAUCGAGCCAAUACAUGUGCAUAUUGAUGUGUUAACUGCACAAACCGGAGUAUCAAGAUUUACACAGACAAAUGCUUCUUGGAUUUACUCAAAACAAGAAAACCUUACUAUUGAUGAUCCUGAAAUGCUACAAUUUACUCAUCUCUUGAUAGAAGGAAGAAACCAAUUUUCACCAAAUAUAAAGCCUUAUCUUAAAACUUACGAUAUUAUUGAUUCUAUCGAUGGAUUUUCUCAUAUAACAUUAAAUUAUAAUAUGUUACCACCUGUUAGAAUUAAAACAAAGCCCAGCAUAUUUAUUAUGAAAAGAAAAUCGAAUAUCACGUAUGAUACUAAUAAAGCAAGUUCACAAACUUCUGUGAAAUAUUUUACAGACCAGGUAGAUGAUAUAAAAGAUGUAAAACUAAACAUGUCUUUUAAAGAAGAAAUAGUUAAUAAAGUUGUAGACUCAUUAGAAGAACUUGAAGAGGCAAAAGAAACUGUUGAACAAAAUUUUUCAGAUGUCGAAUUUGAAGAGACUAAAAAAGGAAAUGAUGCAAUGAAAAAAGAAGUAGAAAUACUUGAUUUGGCAGAUGAUAAUAUAUCUAUGGAAAAUACUACCACAUGGGAAAGUGAAAGAAUAAAUAAAUUAUCGUCGGAUUCGAGAGAUAAAAACGAAGAAAAUAUUGAUUCUCAAGAUGAUUUCAAUGAUGUUUCAGAUAUCAGUGAUGUGGAAUUUGAUAAAAAAACAAAAAUUGAAGAAAAUAUUAAGGGAAAAUCCAAAGAAGAUGUAAAUCUACGUCAGGAAACUCAAGGUAUUAAAGAAAGUAUAAAAAAAAUAAUUCAAGAAAAAAUGCUAGAAGCUAAACAAAGGAGAGAGGUUAAUGAUGAACGAAAAAAUGUAGAUCUUCCAAUGAAAUCAAUGAAAAAGAAAGGAGUAACACAGAUGUUAAAAAGAAUAGAAAUAUUGAAACAGGAAUUAAAAGAACCACCAAUUUUUAUAGAUAAAUCAGCAAUAACGGGAGAAGAACUUAAGAAACAUGUAAAAGAUGAUGAACGUACAAUUAGUAAACAGAAAUUAGUUUUACAAAAGAAAGAUAAAAUGAAGGUAAUAAAAUUAAAUAAUUUAGAACAAUCUGAAGAUAUAACAGAAGAAGAGAACGAAAUUGUAGAUGUAAAAACAAAUGCAAAAAAGAUUGUAAAGUCACGACAUAAAGUUGAUACAGAAUUCCCUGAGGCAAAAAUUGCAGAGGAAGAGAAUAAGGAAGAGAGAAUUAAAAUACCUAAAUUAAUGAAUGUAAGAGAAAGUAUAAGGAACAUAAUAAAUCAGUUUAAAGAAUUUGAAAAAAAUUUCAUACAUGAUGAUACAAUGGUAUCAACAAACGAUGUGAGUAAUGCAAAUUAUAUUGAGAGCGAUUCGCCUACGGAAAUGGAUUCUGCAGAAAAUGAUGAUCCAGUAAAAGAUGCUAGAGAGAGUCUUAAGGAAAUAAUAGAUCAAUUUAAAUACAUUAAACAUGAAUUAACUUCAGAGGAGGAUGAUCAAUUCGACGAAAUUGCAGCUAGAUAUAUGGAACGGCCAAUCGCUGAAACAUUGCUGCAAUUUAACGAAGCUCUGAAAACUCUAAUACAACAAAGAAAAAAAUCUUUAUCAAAAGAACAUGCAGCCAAUUUGCACGAUAAUAAAGAUACUUAUAUAUCAGAAAAUCAAAGAAAAUCAGAGAAAUCCAAUGUAAAUAUUAUAAAUAUCAAUAGAAAAGAAAACUUAUAGAAAAGUAGAGAAUGAGUUAUAAGAAACUUUAUUUAAUAAUGUUUCUAAGUAACUUUAGUAAGUGUUACUGGCA